CCGAGUGUGCCUCAAGUUUCCGAGGUCUGCGUGGUGUAGCUCGUGAAAGGAGCGGCUAGCGGGCGGGCAAACCUGAGUUCAGGUGCGGCCGCCACCAGCGCCAACUUUCUCGGAGUGACCUCAGGUAAAUGGAAGAGCUGGACGGCAGUUUAUCCCAGACUCGGAAAGCACACAGAAUAGAGCAAAUGGUGGCCAGAUGGCUUCGGCGCUCCCGGGACAGCUCGGCCCGGGCUAAAGUUGUUGCUGCUGAUGGGCCACCUGGGAGCCCAGCCCAGGCCCUCACUCCCGUGAGGCACACAGUGAAGCUUGACAAAGAUGCCCUCCUCCAGAACUAUGGAUUUCACAUUUCUGAGAGCCUUCCCCUCACGGUUGUGGCAGUCACAGCAGGAGGCUCCGCUCAUGGCAAGCUUUUCCCUGGUGAUCAGAUUCUCCAAAUGAACAAUGAGCCUGCUGAAGACCUUUCCUAUGAACGCGCAGUCGAUAUUCUGAGGGAAACUGAAGAUCCUCUUUCAGUCACAGUUGUUCGCUGCACCUUGGGCAUCCCCAAAUCAUCCUUCUUGACUGAAGAGAAGAGGGCCCGGUUAAAGAGCAACCCUGUGAAGGUGCACUUUGCUGAGGAAGUGCUUGUCAGUGGACAUAGUCAGGGGAACUCUCUGCUGUGUAUGCCCAAUGUGCUCAAGGUAUACUUGGAGAAUGGACAGACCAAAGCUUUCAAGUUUGAGGCAAACACAACUGUGAAGGACAUCAUCCUCACUGUGAAGGAGAAGCUGUCCAUCCGAAGUAUUGAAUACUUUGCACUGGCCCUAGAGGAGCAGUACAGCAUCUCCCGCCUGCAUCUGCUGCAUGAGGAGGAGCUCAUCCAGCAGGUGGUGGAAAGGGAAGAAUCACAUGACUCCCGCUGCCUCUUCAGGGUAUGUUUUGUUCCCAAAGACCCCCUGGAUCUCCUGAAAGAAGACCCAGUGGCCUUUGAAUACCUCUACCUGCAGAGCUGCAGCGAUGUGCUCCAGGAGCGCUUUGCUGUGGAGAUGAAGUGUAGCUCCGCACUGCGGCUCGCAGCCCUGCACAUCCAGGAGCGGAUCUAUGCCUGUGCCCAACCACAGAAGAUCUCUUUGAAGUACAUAGAGAAAGACUGGGGAAUAGAGAACUUUAUAUCUCCAACUUUACUCCGAAACAUGAAAGGCAAGGAUAUCAAGAAAGCCAUUAGUUUCCACAUGAAGAGGAACCAGAAUUUGCUGGAACCCCGACAGAAGCAACUUAUUUCUGCUGCUCAGCUACGCUUAAAUUAUCUACAGAUCCUUGGUGAACUCAAGACGUAUGGUGGAAAAAUCUUUAAUGCUACUCUAAUGUUACAGGAUAGAGAAUCCUACAUUGCCCUUCUAAUUGGAGCCAAGUAUGGGAUUAGCCAGAUUAUCAAUAGUAAGCUCAACAUCAUGUCCACAUUGGCAGAGUUUGCCAACAUCAGCCGCAUAGAGCUGACAGAAGAGUCUGAGAAAGUGAGCAUGGUCAAAGUGUAUCUCCAGGACAUUAAGGUUCUGACGUUGUUACUGGAGUCCAGCAGUGCAAAAGACCUGGCCUGCUUGAUUGCUGGGUACUACAGGCUGUUUGUCGACCCAGUUAAUUCUGUUUUCCUCUGGUCUGGAAGUAGACAGCAAAUUCACCGAGUGUCUGCUGAAGAAGGCUAUGAGUCCAGGGCCUGCAGUGACUCAGAGGAGUCCUCCGAAGUGGACUGUAUACUGGAGCCCCUCUCUGACCGACGCUUGGUGAAGCUGGGACUCUGCAGACCAUUUGUUAGAGAGGAGCAGCCUCCUGGUGACAGCUCCUUACCUGAAGUGACCAGGAGGGGUUCAAGCACUUGCGGAGCCAGUAGCACUACGGACAGUGCUGAGUCUGAGGCAUCUGACUCAGCCAAUACUGAGAGUCGGGGCUGCAGGACCAGUGGCUCCAGUGAGUCCAUGGAUGCCCUAGAAGAGGAUGACUUAGAUGCCUGCUCCUCCAGCAGGUCCAGCUUCUUCCACUUUGGCUCUCCAGGCUUCUCAGACGGUCUUGUUUCCAACAGCCAAGAGGAAAAGAACAGGAUCGAGACUAGCAGUUUUUUAUGUCUGCUAGACCUGGCCCAGAAUGCCAACCCUCAGUGCCAGAAGACAGAGUGUCCCCAGGGUCUUGCUCCCGAGGCCUGCAGCUGGGGACCAGAACUGAGCAUGGGUAGGUUGGACCCCAGAUUAUAUGAGAGUAGCCAGACUGACUAUUAUAACCUGUGCUCCAGUGUCUCCCCAGCCAGCCACCUGAGUGACAGUUCAGAAAGCACAGCUUCCAGGCAGGGGGCCACACCUCCGCCAUGGGGCCAGCACGGAUGGGUGGAGGCUCAGCCCAGCUCUACACUGGAAGCUCUGGCUUUGCACCCACUGCCACCACUGGCCUUUGAAGAUGGCAGCUCAGAUGAGGAAUACUAUGAUGCAGCUGACAAACUAACACCCCCAGACACCCUCUCAGGACCCAGAGCUGCAGAUCCUAGUACCAUGAGGUUGCAGGGUCAAGGAAGCACCCGUGACUCCAAAGAAAGCCUGCAUUCUGGGCCACAAGGGAGAGAGCCAGACAAGCGGGGAGGUGUGAAGAAGUAUGCCAAGACCCUGAGGAAAAGAAGGUCCUUCCUACAGACAGACUACACCUCCCAAGUCUCCUUCCCAAUGGAGCCAUCAGCCUCCAGGGGGAGCAUGGAUGAUGUGUGCUACUAUGACAGAGAGCCCUACCUGACCCUCACCGCCCCCUCCCCAACUGUGUCCUCCCUGCAGGACAUGCAGGGUGAGCCAGGCCUCCUGGAGACUAAGGCUCUAGGGUUGCUGGCUUCCCUGAGGGAGACAAAGAGCAAAAACCCAGCCUCCAGGAUCAUGGAGAUGGAGCCCGAGACCAUGGAAACCAAGUCAGUCAUUGACUCCCGAGUAUCUUCUAUCUCUGCCAUUCGCCUCCGGAUUGACCCCAACAAUACAGAGAAUCCCGAGGCUGCCCCUUUGGCUGUCACUGUUGACAGUUCCUCAGCAAGUACCCUUCACAACCCUCACUGUUCCAACUCAGGUUCCUCUAGCCCAGAGGCUGCUCUGACAAAACCUAUCCAAAUCUUAUGUCCAUGUCAAGACCUGGAUGGUACCACCCCCAAAGAGCUCACCCUAGAGCCUGAAGACAGUACCUUCCCCCUGGUUAGUGCUGAUCCUAACCCAGACAGCCCAGGGCCACAUCAUGUCUCUCCAGGAAACACAGCAGAGCUGGGAGGGGACCAAUCACAAGUAGGAUUGGGAUCUUUUUUUAUAACUCAUAUACAAGAAGCUGCACCCAAAUACACAGGGCCCUUGUCUCCUGGAGAUGAGCCUACAAGUGGUGAAUAUGUAGGGAAUUCAGGAGAGACAGCCUCUGUCACUUCAGAAGAAGAACAGCGAGGACAGCUAGCUCUAGAGAGUGACAGUGAAGUUACAAACAAAAAUGGUCCCAGCUUAUUUCAGGAGGAAUCUAGGAAGGACUCGGGUGACUUCAAGGGUGAUGUGUCAAAUAUUCUUCCUCAGGCUCUUGAUGUUAGUACUCCAGCUGAUGAAAUAGCCACCUCCCCCUCCUUGGAGACUCCUGGAACAGGAACUGAAGAGACCUCAUCCUAUUCCCUCAAAGACUCCCAGGGAAAAAGCAGAGAAGGCCUAGGCCAUGUCUGCCAGGCCCAAGAACAAGAACUAUUGGCUGAAUUGGACUUGGGCCCUGAUUUCUUACUCGGGGAGCAGAGCAUUCCAUCAGCCUUCCCUCCAGAGAGGGCCAAGACAGAGCCACUUAACCAUGUGAUAGGGGAAGAUAUGGCUUCUGCAGACAUUCCUCAGCAGGUCUGUGUCCAUCCAGCACCUUCCCUGCCAAAGCCACCACCGUGUCAGGAGGAGCCCCCCUCCAGAGCUUCAAACUGGGACUUACCAUCCAGAAGCAAAGGUGACCAUUCUAGCAUUUGCCUUCCUACUGAGAAGGCUUUCCUGUGCUUUGCCCCAAAGAGCCAAACUCAAGUUCCUGCCAGCCUGGGCAGGGCCACAUCCUUGGGUUUUGUGGGCAUGAAUGAGGUGGUGGCCACUGGGAUUGGCAUAGAGCAUUGCAGCUGCCAGUUCUCCUAUGCUACAUGCUUCCGUGGCCUGCAGCCUGAGACAGAGGAGGAAGACAGGGACCCACAAAUGUACCCCACUGCCCCCCUUACCUCACCACCCUCUGCAAGAAGCCGGGUGGCUCUGCCCUGGAGGCCAGCACGUGCCUACAGCUGCAGUCCCACACUCCUGUCCAGGAAAAGCCACAUCUGGCCAGAGUACUGCUCCAGGGCACUGAGACAGCUGAAAGCUGCCCCUGUCAGCACCCCUGAGGGCUUCAUCCAACUCAUGGAGAGCUUGCUGGAGCUCCAAGACAUUUUAGAAGCUUCCUGGGGGGUUGGGAACAAACACCCUCCGGAGAAGUGCACCUGGCAUUUUUCAGAAAGCCGGAGCCGCCUGUGCAUGGGCUCCCAGAAGCUCCUGUCCAGCUGUCAGCAUGUGAUCAGAAUGGACCAAUCCCCCGAGGAGAUGCAGGGUGCUGUGCGAGACACCUUCCAGCACCUGGUCCAGCUGGCUGGCCUAUGCUUCCAGUUCACAGACUGCAGCCGCUGCUCUGUCCGGCACAGAGAAGCAGCCGGAAACCUGAGGGACGUGGUAUACACGUAUCACCAGUUUGUAGAGGCUGCAAAACUGACCUGUGAGAGAGGUUACCAUGACCUCAGUGUGAAACUCUUGGCUCGCCAGUGCACAGCCCUCACAGCUGCUGUAUUCUGUUUGACCCAGAAGUUCCGGGCAUCCACUGCCCUGUGAACAGGUCAACUACCCAGGGCCACCUUACCCUGCCUGGACACUUCUCCAAGAAACCUCUUCCAGUCUUCCACCUACCCCCUUCAAAUGUUUACUACAUAGAGUAUUCAAAUAAAC